UUCCAAACAAAACCAACAACUCGCCCACACGCAGGGGACCUUUUUUAGUUGCACAACUAGAACUGCUAAGUGCAACUGACGAUGGAUGACGUGGCAAAACCGAAUCACAUUUAGUACUACAGUCUGGUGGUAGACUUUUUCAUUUAGAAGUGAGAGGUCUCAUGUUUGAAUCUCAUGGAUGAUGAAUUCGAUAUCAAAUUAGGUUGACUAUUAUGUUGUUUAGCCGAACUCCAUGCUUCCUUAGUGUAAAAAUAUAUGAAUGUAAACAAAAAAAAAAAAAAAAAAAAAAAAAAACCGAAUCGCACACGAAAAGCCAUAUUCCUUCACGGCGCGUACUAAAACGCGCCGAUACGCGCGUCCACACUCCGUUAUGGGAACGAAUCCUUGUGAAAAAGAACCCCAACAACCUCCAUGCAAAUAAAAUAUAUACAUACACAUACAUAAAAACACCUUUCAUCUUCAGAGGGUGAGUCCUUAUCUCUGAACUCUCCAAAAUUCUCCAGAAAAAAUCCAAAAAACCCAAAAAAAGGGAAAUCUUACUUUCUCACUCAUCAAAACCACUCUCUCUCUAACAGUUGGUGGUGCAAUUACUGUAGAUUCAAGGAACCGUCAAAGAACCGAAGAGAAACGCCGGGCAUUUGUUUAUUUUAUUUUUUAGUUUAUUUUUUUAAUUAUCUGUGUGCGAUCAUGGCCGUUAACAAUUCUCAGACGGUGGUGGGGGGUGGGCCGACGGCAGGGGGUGUGCCGGCGGGGUCGCUUUACGUCGGAGACCUCCAUCCGUACAUGACUGAAGCUCAGCUGGAGGAGGCCUUCAAAGGCUUCAAAGGUGUCACGUCCGUACGGCUCGGCAGGGACACCGCCACCGCCACCAACCGUUCUCUCCGCUACGGCUACGUCAACUUCACCACGCCUGAAGAAGCAAUUCGAGCUAUGGAGGUGAUGAACCAUUCAAUGCUGCAUGGAAGAGUGAUAAGGGUCAUGUGGUCACAUCGUGAUCCCGACGCAAGGAAAAGUGGAAUUGGGAAUGUGUUUGUCAAGAAUUUGAGCGAAUCGAUUAAUAGUGUAGAGCUUGAAGAAAUGUUUAAGAAGUUCGGACGUACUUUGUCUUGCAAAUUGGCCAUGUUUGAAGAUGGGAAGAGUAAAGGUUAUGGCUUUGUUCAGUUUGAGUCUGAGGAAUCUGCGAUUGCCGCUAUUGAGAAGCUAAAUGGCACCACUGUCAGAAAUAAGCAGCUGUAUGUUGCGAAAUUUGUUAGAAAGAGCGAUCGGGUUUUUCCCAAUCCUGAUGUUAAAUAUACAAAUUUGUAUAUGAAUAAUUUGGAUCCAACUCUCAAGGAAGAGCUUGUGGAAGAGAAGUUCUCUGAAUUUGGGAAAACUGUUAGCUUCGCGAUUGCAAAGGAUGACCAUGGGAACUCUAGAGGUUUUGGUUUUGUGAACUUCGCGAACCCAGAUGAUGCUAGACGAGCAAUGGAAGGAAUGAAUGGAUCACAACUUGGCUCCAAGGUUCUGUAUGUAGCAAGGGCUCAGAAAAAGGCAGAGCGCAAGCAUAUUUUGCGUCGGCUGUUUGAGGAAAAACGAAAGGAGCAAAUGUUGAAGUUCAAGGGAUCAAAUGUGUAUGUGAAGAACAUUGACGAUGAUGUCAGUGAUGAAGAACUGGUAGAACACUUUAGUCAGUGUGGAACGAUUACUUCUGCAAAGAUUAUGCGAGACGACAAAGGAAUAAGCAAGGGGUUUGGGUUUGUUUGCUUUUCUACCCCUGAGGAGGGCAAUAAAGCUGUGAAUACUUUUCAUGGUAAGAAGUUGAUUACAUGCAUUUGUUGCUUUUAA